UGACUCGCGCCUGCCCAGUGCGCGUUGUCUCGGCUUUCUCCUUCACCGUGGACCCGCUGCUCCGACACUAGCCCGUCACACUCCGCGCGCUCCGCCCCACGAAUACAGUCAUGGCAGAGAAAGGAGCGGCGUGCAAGGUGCAGCCGGACGAGGCAGGAAAAGGCAAGCCGGCAGGGAACAAAGGUCACUGUGGGACGUGUCAGCACCGCGCCCCCAAGGGACAUGGCACGAUGGCCGUCCCUCCUUCAUACUCGGACCUGGGGAAAUCUGCCAAAGACAUCUUCAACAAGGGCUUUGGAUAUGGAGUUCUCAAGCUGGACGUUAAGACCAAGUCCCAGAGCGGCGUUGAGUUCGCCACCUCCGGCUCCAACAACACCGACACGGGGAAGUCCGGAGGCCACCUGGAGACCAAGUACAAAGUGAAGGAGCUGGGCCUCAGCUUCAACCAGAAGUGGAACACAGACAACACUCUGACCUCGGAGGUCACCAUGGAGGACCAGCUGGCUAAGGGCCUGAAGCUCGGUCUGGACGCGUCAUUCGUGCCCAACACCGGCAAGAAGAGUGCCAAGCUGAAGUCCGGCUACAAAUGCGACUUUGUAAAUGUGGGCUGCGACCUGGACUUCGACAUGGCCGGCCCCACCAUCCACGCUGCCGCCGUGCUGGGCUACGAGGGCUGGCUGGCGGGCUACCAGCUGGCCUUCGACACGGCCAAAUCCAAGAUGACCCAGAACAACUUCGCCCUCGGAUACAAGGCCGGCGACUUCCAGCUGCACAGCAACGUAAAUGAUGGCACAGAGUUCACCGGCUCCAUUUACCAGAAGGUGAGCGGCAGCUUGGAGACGGCGGUCCACCUGGCCUGGACGGCUGGCAGCAACAACACGCGCUUUGGGAUCGGAGCCAAAUACCAGCUGGAUAAGGACGCCUUCCUGUCUACCAAAGUCAACAACGCCUGCCUCGUUGGAGUUGGAUACACACAGACCCUCAGGCCAGGAGUGAAGCUCACCCUCUCCGGUCUGCUCGACGGGAAGAACGUGAACGGCGGAGGCCACAAAGUCGGCUUGGCUUUCGAACUGGAGGCGUAGAGGCAGAAGGAAAGCAACCACGACCACGUCAACACACACACACACACACUCACACUCUCUCUCACACACACACACACACACACACACACACAGGCCGUAUUAAAACACCAAGCCAAGACCUCCAGUCAUGUAGUUUUAAAAGAAUCAAGCAUUAUUUUUGUGACGGUUACUUUUAAAUUUGACAUCAUAGAUAUAAACAUAUAACAUAUAAACAUAUCACCAGAACACUACAAAAGGCGAGACUCACGCAUACAUUUUUUUUUAAACACUGCUAAUGACGAAGUGCACUUUCAUGGAGCAUUUGUGUCUUAAAACGUGUUUUUUCUUUCUUGAAUAAGAGUUGAAGCACCUUGUGUUCGUCCAGCUCUACUCUGAGUUAUAUACAUCAGAAUGAUUAUGAGAGGACGCUUGUUUGGGUGUAUUUUGGGUUUUGUUGCAUGCUUUUGAGGCUGGAGACGUUUUUUCUCUCCAACUUUUCAUUGUCACAUAACAGAUGCAAUAAAAAGCCGGAAGGAUCCUUCUCGGAUCGAGUGGGCCGACUUUGAUUCCACCGCUUGACCUCAGUAACGCAGUUUUAAAGAUUCGGCCUACAGUUGCCGAUAUAUCUAUUUGUCAGGUCCCUUUUCCCCCAAUUUGAGACCGUGUGCCCUCUUCGUCACGUCUGGCUUUCUGUCCUGAACCUUUUGACCGUUACCGCUUUGUUUCCCUUUAUCUGUGCCGUGUAUCGGGGAGUUAGUCAACAAGUAUGACCUUAAACUGAUUACUGAUCAGUAUGAUAUGAUUUAUUGAAUAAAGAAUGUCAAACACUA